UAGUUGUCAGUUUGGUAAGUGGUUAUUUUAUUUUACAAGACUACGCCCAAACAAUAGCCAUCAAAAUAACGAUAACCAGGUACAAUACGACAAAAAGUAACAUUUUUAGCGGUGUGUUAAAAGAACCUUAUCUGUGUCAUAGUUAGUUACUAAAUAAUUACUAGAAAUAAUAUUGUGAUUGGAUAAUUUUAAUAAAGGGUUAUUACUUUGAUACUAGGAAAUAAAGUUUUAAGGUUGUUGUAGACAAUGAAGAACAGAAGUUUAGCGGGUAACUGUGGCAUUGCUGUAUUCAUAAUUGCCCUUGUGACAGUGGCAUUGGCAUUCGGCACGCCUAGUUGGAUUGUCAGUGAUUCAAGAAUUAGAGGCAAUCAAUUGGACAGAUUGGGACUAUGGAGUCACUGCUUCAGAUCGUUACCUGAUCCUUUGGAUCAAUACCAACGACGAUUCUUUGUGGGCUGUAGAUGGGUUUAUGACCCAUUCACCACAGGGUAUGACCGUAUAUUGGGAUAUCUACUUCCAGGCUUCAUGAUAGCAACACAAUUCUUUUUCACUCUAUGUUUAGUGGGAGUGCUUAUUUCUACGAUUUUGGUUCUUGUAUUUUUCCUAUGCUGUGGACCUGAUCAAAAUAGGUUUAUACUAAUAAUCCAGAGUAUAGGAUACAUAAUGUUGGGAGCUGGUAUAAGUGGUUGUAUUGCUGUUAUAGUGUUUGCCUGUUUUGGGAAUACUGAGGGAUGGAUGCCAGGCCAUCCUAAUAACUAUUUUGGUUGGUCAUUUGGGCUUGCGGUGGUUGGAUCUGUGGCUUGCAUCAUCACAGCAGCUCUGUUUUUAACGGAAGCAAACAUUCAGUCAAAGAAACGAAACCGUUUUAAAGAGUCACAAGCACGUUUUGAGAUGGAACACGAGUCUAAAGCCUAAUAUGGUUUUGGAAAAAACUUUGCAAUUUUGUAGGCCAGUAUGAGCUUACAAUGUUAACCAUUUUUAUAUCCACCAAUUAUCGAGGUAAACUGCCAGCCUUACGUAAGCUUUAAUAAUUUAAAAAGAUAAGGCUUUCAAAGAUAUAUUUAAAUUUUAAGGACAAUAAUUCUCUUCAUCUGCACAGAUUAUUAUAAAAUAGUAUUUAAAAAUGUACAACAUAGAUCUGUAUUUGAAAAUUCUAACAAAAACACAAAUGACAUAGAUUAUAUACAUAUGUAGUUUAUAAGUUUAUAUUUAAUUCAAUCAAUUUUUUUUUGUUUAAGUUUAAUAACAUUCCACCUGUCAAUAUUCCGUCCAGGAUUGCUUUAAUCGCCAAAUGUGUCUACUCUUAGUAAUGUAAAGAAAUCGUAGGAAUGUUUUCAAAUAUAUAUUUAAUUCAUUUAGCAAUUGGAAACUUUUCCAUUGAAAUAUUUAAAGUGCCUUUAAAAUUUAGAGUAAAAACAAAUUCUAUUUGUAAGAUUAUACAUCUUUUACAAUCUUUUAUAUGUUUGUGCUAUAAUAUUUUAUUUGUAUAAACACGAUAUUUUGACUUUAUUCCGUCCAAUUAAGUAUAAAAUAUUUUAUUAAUUAAUUUACGAAUAAGUGAAAAUGCUGUAUCGAAUUUUUUUAAUUUUCAUAAUUCUUACCCUAAGUAAGAGCUACUUAAAAAAAAAUUAUAGACAAUAGACAGAAAAAAGUUUUUUUAUGAUUAACCAACUAAUCGUCUUUAAACUAAAUGUUAAUUGCUAAAGUGUGAUUGAAGAAUGUUUUAUCCAUGAGCUCUCUUACAAAAUGAGCAUAAACAAUGUUUUUGUUGCUGCUUAUUUUGCUGCAUGUAUAAAAUGUAAAAAAAAAGUUAAAUCACAUAAGAACAAUGUCAAAAGUCAAUACACAAUGUAAUUCAAUGCUCCUUCCGGAUGAUCAGCAAAUAGGUUAAUUAAUGAAGACCCUCUCAAUGAGUUAAUUAUUCUUUUAACUCGAUCAUCUUAAUAGUAUACAGUCUACAUCAUUUAGAAUUACUCCUCAAUUAAAAUAUUGAAAUGAUCUAAAUAUCAUUGUUAACGUAACAAUCAAUUUUAUUCUACUUUUUAUGUGUGAAGUUUAUUAAGGUGUGUCUGGUUUUAGAUUUUGAUUUACAUUUUUAUUGAAUAACAAUUAUACAUCACUAUGUAUUCUUUUUUGUUAAAAAUGUAUUUUGUUU